AUGGCGGAGUAUUUAGAAACCGUUAAAGAGUCUGCUGAAUUUUCCAAGUUAUUGAAUGACUUUAAAAGUCAGCUGAUUGUUGUUCACUUUGCUGCUAACUGGGCACCACAAUGUAAACAGAUAAAUGAUGUGCUCACAGAGUUGAGUAAGAACACCAAAAACACAAAAAUAGUUCAGCUUGAAGCAGAAAAUGUUCCAGAAAUAUCACAGAAGUAUGAAAUUGUUGCUGUUCCAACAGUUGUAUUUUUUAAGAAUGGUGAAAAAGUAGAUAGAUUAGAUGGUGCUAAUGUGGCUGAAUUAAGUAAAAAAGUUUCUAAAUGGUCAAGUGGAUCACAAGUUGUUACAUCAGAACCACCCAAACAAGAUCUAAACACCAGGUUAAAGAAUUUGAUAAAUCAAGCUAAUGUCAUGUUAUUUAUGAAAGGAUCACCACGAGAACCUAAAUGUGGGUUCAGCAGACAGAUAAUACAGAUAUUAAAUGAUAAUCAGAUUGAGUUUGGUUAUUUUGAUAUAUUAACAGAUGAUGAUGUCAGACAAGGUUUAAAGAAGUAUUCAGACUGGCCAACAUACCCUCAACUGUAUCAUAAUGGUGAAUUGCUAGGUGGCCUAGAUAUAAUCAAAGAAUUAGUGGAAUCCAAUGAAUUAUGUAGCACUUUAGGUGUACAAGACAAACCUAGUUUAAAUGAAAGAUUAAAGUCUAUAAUCAACUUAGCCCCAGUGAUGAUAUUUAUGAAAGGUAAUCCAGAAACACCUAAAUGUGGUUUUAGUAGAACAUUGGUAGAUUUAUUAAAUUCUGAAAGUAUUAAAUAUAAAACAUUUGAUAUCCUAAGUGAUGAGGAAGUCCGGCAAGGAUUAAAGAAGUAUUCUGAUUGGCCAACGUAUCCUCAGGUUUAUGUGAAAGGUGAUUUGAUUGGUGGAUUAGACAUCAUUAAAGAGUUAAAAGAAGGUGGUGAAUUACAGAGUACAUUUAAUCCUGAAUGAAUAUUGAUAACAAUGAUUGUAAACAAUAACAAUAAACAAAUACUAUACUCA